AAACCUAAUCUACAAUAUAUGAGGCAAUCAUGUACUUCUGCGUUUAGCGUUUGUAAACUCCAGUCCCACUGAAAUAAUGGGUUAGAAAACUCUGCAAACCUGAUGGAUUACACUGACUUUACAAAGCACAGAAUCUCGUUUCAAAACCAAACUGUUUAAACCAUUUACCUAAACCAUAAUUCAUUGUGCAAUGAUCGAGUCCAACGUGAGUCUGAGUUGCGCGUUGUGCGCCGGAGGAGAUGACGGGAGCAGCGCGCACUUGGAUGAGAAUCACUCAGAACACAAUCUGAGUCCGACCGGACACUUGGUGGUCGCCGUGUGCCUUGGGUUCAUCGGAACUUUCGGGUUUCUCAACAACACGCUCGUUCUCAUCCUGUUCUGUCGCUACAAAUUGCUGCGCUCGCCCAUGAACUAUCUUUUGAUGAGCAUCUCAGUGAGUGAUCUGCUGGUGUGCGUCCUCGGCACCCCGUUCAGCUUCGCCGCGAGCACGCAGGGCCGGUGGCUCAUCGGGCGCGCGGGAUGCGUGUGGUAUGGCUUCAUCAAUUCAUUCCUGGGCGUUGUGUCUCUAAUCUCCCUGGCGGUGCUCUCAUACGAGCGCUACUGCACCAUGAUGGGGGCCACGCAGGCUGACUCUACCAAUUACAGAAAGGUGGCCAUGGGUAUUGCCUUCUCCUGGAUAUAUUCCAUUAUUUGGACUCUUCCACCACUGUUUGGAUGGAGCUGCUAUGGUCCAGAGGGCCCUGGCACCACCUGCAGCGUCAACUGGGCCGCCAGGACAGCCAACAACGUGUCUUACAUCAUCUGUCUAUUUAUCUUCUGCCUUAUUCUUCCUUUUAUGGUGAUUGUCUACAGCUAUGGCAGACUCCUUCAGGCUAUCACACAGAUGAGCAGGAUCAAUACAGCGGUGAGUCGUAAGCGGGAGCAGCGUGUUCUCUUCAUGGUGGUCACCAUGGUGGUGUGUUACCUGCUGUGCUGGCUACCCUACGGGAUCAUGGCCCUGCUGGCCACGUUUGGGCAUCCCGGCCUGGUCACACCAGCAGCUAGCAUUGUUCCUUCUCUGUUAGCCAAGACCAUUAAGACCACUGUCUUAAACCCUAUAAUCUACAUCUUCAUGAACAAACAGUUUUGCAGAUGUUUCCAUGCGCUCAUCAUGUGCACCACCCCAGAAAGAGGCUCCAGUUUCAAAAACUCCUCCAAAGUCACCAAAAUUCUCAGGACAGUGCGACGUGCCAAUGGCCAAAAUGUGACCUUCGCGGUGGCCUCAGCUGGCCAUCCUACUAUCUUUGCUCCUAACAGCGGUGGGCAGAAAAGCUCAUCAGUGGGUGAGAAACCAUCCCCUGCUGCGGCCCAGGACACCAAUAGACCUGUUGUCUCUCUUGUGGCCUAUUACAAUGAUUGAGCUCAUAUGGUCAAGCCAAACCAACACUAAUACAGUGGAAUUAGAGGUUACAUAGGUCCUGGAUUGCAUAAAAAGAAAAGAGAAUUGGUAAGUGGGUGUGUUUUGCAGAGGAAUGUGGAACACGCCCCUCACUGAUGAUCAUGUCAUUUUGCAUGCAUGACCUUUCUGAGGGAAAUAAAAUAGGAAUGGAUAUUGGAAGUGAACCGCUGGAGAAAGGGAUUACACCCCAGAACAAAUUUAAAACAUGCAUAUGGAUUAACUAUUAGUUUAGCUGAUGUUUCUUAUGAGUCCAGGAUGUAGAUAUUCUCUCAGAUUUUGGUAAAUGGUCUCUCUCUCUCUCAUUUUUUAAGUUAUAUUUAUGGGCUUUUUGUGCCUUUUAUUUUGAGAGAACAGUGGAGAGAUGACAGGAAAGUAUUGAAGUGAAGAGAAGGGAGCAGGUUCAGCAAAGGACCUCGCGGCAAGAUUGGAACUCGGGUCACUGUGAGCACAGUUGCGCUAUAUGUUGACACACUAACCACGUGGCUAUUGUGUCUACGUGGUUGCUUUCUUUGAAACUGUUUUUUUUUUCCCAAAUAUUUUACUUUAACAAGAACACUUUCGCUACCAGUUUCUUACAGGAUUGGACAAACACUGUAACUCAGAUUGUUUAAAAUGAUAUUUUUGUUACUCUUCUUAAUAAUUCUGUGCACCAUGUGGAUGGUCUGAGUCCAUUUUCAGCUAAUUUUCUUUUUUGGGUGAACUAUUCCUUUAUGGGAUAUGUGACCCUGGACCACAAAACCUUAAGUCUUAAGUGUCAGGUUUUCGAAACUGAGAUUUAUGCAUCAUCUGAAAGCUGAAUAAAUAUAUUUUCAUUGAUGUAUGGUUUGAUAGUACAAUGGGACAAUAUAUGGCCGAGAUACAACUAUUUGAAUAUCUGGAAUCUGAAGGUGCAAAAAAAUCUAAAUAUUGAGAAAAUCUCCUUUAAAGUUGUCCAAAUUAAGUUCUUAGCAAUGCAUAUUACUAAUCAAAAAUGAAGUUUUGAUAUAUAUUUACAGUAGGAAAUUUACAAAAUAUCUUUAUGGAACAUGAUCUUUAUUCAAUAUCCUAAUGAUUUUUGACAUAAAAGAAAAAUUGAUAAUUUUGACCUCUACAAUAUAUUUCUGGCAGUUACUACAAAUAUACCCCAGCAACUUAAAGGGAUACUCCACCGCAAAAUGAAAAUUUUGUC